CACACAGUUUCCUUCUCUGAUGCAAGCUCAUGAGAUGCAGUUGGAGGGACGAGAAAGGGCGGAGACAUGAGGCAACCCGCCCCCUAAUGCUGCUGCCUUCUUGGUCGCUGGCUCCAAGUUGUUUCAGUUCUGUGAAGCACCUGAACAAGCAGAAGGCAAGGAGGGACAACACUUUUGAAAAUAUAUUGUGCUCUUCAGGAUGGACUUUUGUCCUGCUGGGUCAACUGACUUUACUGAGGCUGAAGAGGCUGAAAUAGAGACAAUCAGGAAGCACAGACAGGAGCUUUUGGAGGACAUUAAGAAGCUGAAAGAAGAGAUUGCUGAAGUGUUUACAGAGAUUGAGUGUUUUCAAAAUGCAAAGGAGAGGCAAGAGGCAGACAAUGAUCCUGGAGACCAGACCAGCAAACUUUCGCAGAGGGAUAAAUUGUCCCUGGGCCGGAAGAAGUUCAACAUGGACCCUGCAAAGGGGAUCCAGUACCUGAUUGAGCAUGAGGUAUUGUCCUCAGACCUGCAGGAGAUUGCCAGAUUCCUCCACAAGGGUGAAGGCCUGAACAAGACAGCCAUUGGGGAUUACCUGGGUGGGAGGGACCCCACAAACAUUCAGAUCCUCCAAGCCUUUGUGGCAUGUCACCAGUUUGCCAACCUCAACCUGGUGCAGGCACUAAGACAGUUCCUAUGGAGCUUCCGGCUACCUGGGGAAGCGCAGAAGAUUGAUCGGAUGAUGGAGGCCUUUGCCAACUGGUACUGCAAGUGUAACCCAGGAGUAUUCCAGUCUACAGAUACAUGUUAUGUACUGUCCUUCUCUAUUAUCAUGCUGAACACCAGCCUGCACAACCCCAAUGUGAAAGACAAGCCUCCCUUUGAAAGGUUUGUAUCUAUCAACAGAGGCAUUGACAAUGGAGGAGACUUGCCAGAAGAGCUCUUAAAGAAUCUGUUUGAGAGCAUAAAGAAUGAGCCAUUCUCCAUACCAGAGGACGAUGGGAAUGACCUCACGCAUACUUUCUUCAACCCUAAUCGUGAAGGCUGGCUCCUGAAACUAGGAGGACGUGUGAAAACCUGGAAACGGCGUUGGUUCAUUCUGACUGCUAACUGCCUGUACUACUUUGAAUAUACCACGGACAAAGAGCCUCUGGGCAUUAUCCCCCUGGAGAACCUAUCGGUCCGGCAGGUGGAUGAUCCCAAAAAGCCAAACUGCUUUGAGCUCUUCAAUCCCAACUGCAAAGGGAAGAAGAUCAAAGCUUGCAAAACAGAUGGGGAUGGGAAAGUGGUUGAAGGCAAACAUCAGUCCUACAGGAUCUCAGCAGCCACACCAGCAGAACGAGAUGAGUGGAUUGAGGCAAUACGGACCAGCAUCACACAGGAUCCUUUCUACGAUCUGGUAUCUGCCCGUAAGAAAAAGAUCGCCAGCAAAAACUGAGCCCUGCCCUGGUCACUGGCAGCAGGAACAUGUAGUUGUUGGACAUCUUCCCUCCCAUGUUGGGCUCUUCCAGUGAAGACAUUUGGGUAAAUCGGUUCCCUCUGCCUCCCACUUGGCAGGAAGAUGACUGAGGGGGUAACUUGGCAGAGUUGCUCCUUC